AAACUGAUAAGUUAUGGUAUUGUUUAUUUGAGGACCAUUAUGUAUCACUAUCGUUUUCGCCAACAUAUGUAAUUAGAAGUAUGUUUACAAAUAGCGGUUCAUGGCCUUGCUUGAAUAUUGAUGUCUCAUUAUAUAUCGAUUAAAUUUUGUUAAGUCAUUCGCCUGUGAUUCAGCAUAAAUGCAAGUAGACGUAAAUAUCACGCAAAUAAUUAGAUUAAAUGACCGUAUUUUUCAUCUCCACUUGAAUUUCAAGCAUCUGACUUGUUAUAUAAAGUUGAAUAAUUGACAACAUACUUUAGUAUAAUUUAAAACACGCUCCGAAUUAGUUAUAUAGAACCGAUACAAUGUUUUGGGUGUUAAUAUUUGUGGCAUCAGUAUUGCUGUUUUAUUAUUUCCUAAUAAAACCUCAACUGUACUGGAAAAAACAAAAUGUCCCCCAAGGAUUUCCAUACCCGCUUUUGGGUGAAAACUUUAAAUCAUUCGUGGGAUUGGAGACUACCACAGAAAUGAUUCAGAAUAUUUACAACAGUUACAAAAACAGACGAUAUGUUGGAAUGUAUCAAGGAACUCUACCGACGUUAAUGUUGCGUGAUCCAGAAUUAAUUAAACAGGUCACUGUGAAAGACUUUGAUCACUUUGUUAAUCACAGGCCCAUUGUUUCGGAGAAUCAAGAUCCUGUGUGGAAUCGCAAUUUGCUUUCUUUACAAGAUGAGCACUGGAGAAUAAUGCGCGCGACACUGAGCCCGACCUUUACCUCCAGCAAAAUGCGUGCCAUGUUUAAACUUAUGGAACAAACUGCACAACAAUAUGUUAAUUUCUAUCUGGAACAAAAGAAAAACACUAUAGAAUUGGAGGUGAAGGAUUCGUUGACACGUUUUGCUAACGAUGUGAUUGGAAAUUGUGCGUUUGGUGUGAAUGUAGACUCACUUAAACAACCAGAAAAUGAAUUCUAUUUGAAAGGGCAAGAUGCUACUGAUUUUGCCGGAUUCUUGAAAUCGCUAAAGUUUCUCAUUAACUUUAUUUCGCCUACUUUUGCUGAUUUUUUCAGAAUACGUUUGUUCAAUAAAUCUACAACAGAGUAUUUCAAAACCUUAGUUCGGGAUACUGUAAAUUAUCGUGAAGAGAAAAAGAUUCAUCGACCUGACAUGAUUAAUCUCUUGAUGGAAGCACGUAAAGGAACAUUAAAAUACGAGGAAUCUAACAAUCAAAAAGAGGCAGGAUUCUCAUCUGUUGAAGAAUCUAGUAUUGGUAAAGACACCAAAACAACGAAUAUUGGCAUGAGUGAUGAAGAUAUGGCUGCGCAAGUCUUCAUCUUUUUCUUUGGUGGUUUUGACACUGUUUCCACAUUGAUGUCAUUCAUGUGUUAUGAGUUGGCCACCAAUCCUGAUGUUCAGAAGAAGUUGAUUGAGGAAAUCGACGAGACAUUCAAAGAAAACGAUGGAAAAUUAACUUAUGACGUGCUGAAUAAAAUGAAAUACAUGGAUAUGGUUGUCACAGAGACUUUGAGGAAAAAUCCUCCGUUUAUUUCGACUGAUAGAGUGUGCACUAGGCCAUACACUAUUAAACCAGUAAAUGCUGACGAGGAGCCGGUGCAUUUAAGAGUAGGUGAUAUUGUCCUUUUGCCGAUGUCUGGUAUUCAUCAUGAUGAGGAGUAUUUUCCUAAUCCCAGCAAGUUUGAUCCAGAACGAUUUUCGGAGGAAAACAAGGACCAGAUUGUACCUUAUUCUUACAUUCCAUUUGGAGCGGGACCUAGAAAUUGUAUUGCGUCUAGGUUUGCUUUGAUGGAGUGUAAAACAUUGAUGUUCCAUAUCUUGAAUAAUUUUGAGAUAACUGUUAUUAAGAAGACUACGAUUCCAAUGAAGCUUGAAAAGUAUCAAUUCAAUCCGGGGCUUGAAGGUGGUUUCUGGCUGGGGUAUCAGCGACGCCAGCAAAUCAGGUUUUAUAGCACAACAAGUGCAAUUUCUGAUCACAAUUUGGCUAAAAUGGAGCCUCAAGUGAAUCCAUAUCGAAAAAUGUUAGUGGCAGGAGUAUCCACUAUUUUAUUAGAGCUUGGGAUUGAUACUGCAGAAGGUGAAGUCUUAGAAACAUUAACAGAAAUGUUUCAGUGUUUUCUAGUUGAAAUUGGGAACACUAGUAGGAACUACUAUGAGUUAUCAGGAAGAACAGAACCUUUAAUUGCAGAUGUUAUAUUGGGUUUUGUUGAAAUGGGUAUUGAUUUCUCAAAAUUAAGUGACUUUGCAAAGGGUACUAAGAGGACAGUUUUGCCAUCACUUCAAGCACAAACACAGCCAAAACAAUUGAAUAUGUUAAGAGCUGGAGUAAAACAAUCUCUUCCAAGUUUUAUUCCAUCUCAUUUACCGUCCUUUCCAGAUCCACAUGCAUAUAUCAGGACACCAACACAUAAACAACCUGUAAUUGAUUAUGAGGCUAUAAGAGAAAAAUAUGCAGUUCAGAAAAGAGAUGUAGAGAAAGCAUUGACUAAGUUCUUGGCAAAAACAAGUCAAACACAUAAUUUAUUUGAGAAUGAUGAAAUCAUGUUCCCAUUGAUCUCUGUUAAACCAUUGGCAGCUCUGCGUUCCUGCUAUGCAAUACGUAAUACAAUAUUUCACAACGUUUCAUCGAACGCUUCACAACUCUGUUUCAGAUUUAAUACAAUGUUUUGGUUUGUGUUUCUUGUGGGAGCAGCAUUGCUGGCUUAUUAUUACAUUAUAAAACCUCAACAAUUUUGGAAACAACGAAAUGUUCCACAAGGUUUUACCUAUCCGAUACUUGGUGACAACUUCAAACUAUUGUGUGGAUUGGAAACUUCCACUGAGAUGACUCAAAACGCCUACAAUCGCUUUAAAAACAGUCGCUACGUUGGAAUACAUCAAGGAAACCGACCGGCGUUAAUGUUGCGUGAUCCUGAAUUGAUCAAACAAGUUACUGUCAAAGACUUUGAUCAUUUUGUUAAUCACAGAUCUAUUGUUUCGGAGAAACAAGAGCCAUUAUGGAAUCGUAAUUUACUUUCGUUGCAAGGCGAUGAAUGGAAAAAAAUGCGUGCAACCUUGAGCCCGGCGUUUACCUCCAGCAAAAUGCGUGCUAUGUUUUCGCUUAUGGAACAGAACGCGCGACAAUUUGUUAAUUUUUAUUUAGAGCAGAAUAAAGAUAUCAUUGAACUGGAGAUGAAAGAUGCUUUUACACGUUAUGCUAAUGAUGUUAUUGGGAAUUGCGCGUUUGGUGUGACUGUAGACUCACUUAAAGAACCAGAAAACGAGUUUUAUAUGCGAGGAAAGGCUGCUACUACUUUUAAAGGUUUCUGGUCGAUGGCAAAACUUACUCUCAACUUUAUUUCACCUGCGUUUACCGAUUUUCUUGGAAUACAUUUAUUCGAUAAAGACGCCACAAAUUACUUCCAAAACUUAGUUCGAGAAACUGUCAAUUAUCGUGUGGAGAAGAAAAUCCAUCGGCCAGAUAUGAUCAACCUCUUGAUUGAAGCUCGCAAGGGUAAUUUGAAAUAUGAAGAGGUACCCGAGCAGAAAGAAGCAGGAUUCUCAUCAGUUGAAGAAUCUAGUAUUGGUAGAGGCACCACAACAAAUGUUGGUAUGAGUGAUGAAGACAUGGCCGCACAAGUUUUCAUCUUUUUCUUCGCUGGUUUUGAUACUAUUUCCACGAUGAUGUCAUUCAUGUGCUAUGAAUUAGCUCUCAAUCCUGAUGUUCAAAAGAAGUUGAUUGAGGAAAUUGAUGAGACAUUUAAAGAAAACAAUGGCAAAUUAACUUAUGACGUGCUGAAUAAAAUGAAAUACAUGGAUAUGGUUAUAACAGAAAACAUGAGAAAGAAUCCGCCGUUUAUUUCCGCAGAUAGAGUGUGCACUAAAGCAUACACCAUUCAACCGGAAAAACCUGGUGAGAAACCAGUGCAUCUUGAAGUGGGUGAUAUGCUUCUACUUCCAAUGUCUGGUAUACAUCACGACGAGGAAUACUUUCCUAAUCCAAGCAGGUUUGAUCCCGAAAGAUUUUCAGAGGAAAAUAAGGACCAGAUUGUGCCUUAUUCCUAUCUUCCCUUUGGAGUGGGACCUAGAAAUUGCAUUGCAUCUAGAUUUGCGUUAAUGGAAUGUAAAACAUUGAUGUUCCACAUUUUGACUAACUUUGAAAUUACUGUUAUUAAAAAGACAACCAUUCCGAUGAAAUUAGCUAAGUAUCAGUUCUUCCCAGCAAUCGAAGGUGGUUUUUGGCUUGGUUUCCAACGUCGUCAACAUUAAAGUUAAUUUCAUGUUUAAAUUCGGCCAAUAAAGUAUAUACCGUAUGAUAAGACACUGCGUCAAGGUCUAAACAGCAAACUAGCGAUAAUCAAGAAGACGAAGCAAAACAUAAACUCAAUCAAAACCAGUUUGAUUCUUAUCAAGAAUACGCUACGCAGAGCAUCAAUCACGAACAAUCACUUUGCAGUACUAAAACAACUAGCAUAAGCAUAAGACAGACAUUAUAUUAAUCUUGUAUCGUGAAUAAAUCUAUAUUCAUUGUUUAAUUUAACUAAAUACAUACAUACUUUUAUCUAA